AUGGCUACUACUACUCUGAUUCGUCAUCGAGAAGAAGAAGUUCAGGAAUGUGUUAUUAAGUUGCAGACUAAAGCCAAGUCCGAGUUUGAGAAACAGGCCAGAGAAAUAAAAGAAGAAGUAGAAGAAAUGAAUGAAGAUCAAGUGGAAGAUUAUGUGCAUCACAAAUUCCAGAAUCUCAAUGCGAUGUUUCUUGAAAAUUCAAGGAUUGUAGAGGAAUUGGUUCUUAGUAAGAGGCCGAAGAAACCAGUUAGACACGCUGGACUAAUAUCGGAAGAAUACCAAAGGAUGUGGGAUGCUUAUCAGGAGGAACUCAAAAAUUACAAAAAAUUUGUUACCUGGAGUAUGAACUUGGUUAACCGACUCAUGACUUGGCUCUCCGAAUUGUUCAGUGAUGUUAUCGCGUUCGUGAAGAAUUUGUGGACCUGGAUCAAGUCCAAGAUUCAUAAUAUUUCUGAAAACGUUCGGGAAUUCGUAGAGAUGGUGGCGUCGAAGUUUAAUCAAUUGUAUAAUUAUCUCUUUGAACAAUAG